AGCAAGGGCCGCCCAACGAGAGAGCCCCUGCACUGUCGCCAGGGAAACCCCGUGGCGUGGUUGUGUGUCAGUUUCGCUGGGACCCGCGGUCGAUGCCGGUGAGGAGGGGGAUGGGCGCCUCUGCGAAUGUAAGGACCCGAGACAGAAUCAGAGCCCUGUAUCACAUACAGCAGCAUAUACCCCAUUAUAAAUAGCGACUGUAUAUAUACAAUACACUAAAAUACAUGGAUUUAUCCACCGGGGAUCUAUAAUAGACACUCAAUGGAUGCAGUGCACCUGAACAGGACAGGGAAUUUAACUUUCCGCCUAUGCGUGGGAGACGCUGAGAAGUUUGUUUCCUACCCCUGGAGAGGGAGCUACUUUUAAGGGAAAAGGAUACAGGAGAAUCCGAGGCCGACCAACAGGCCUACUGGUUGGAUUUGAUGUUUGGAUACUCUAAGGACUUCACACUGUACAUGCAUUUGCCUCGUUUGUUCAAGUUUGGAAUGCCUCUUUAGGUCCCCCAUGACCGUGAGCCGUGGGCUACGGCUCUGCGGCGCCCCACCUCUGGAGUGGUCUGUUGCUGUAUUUGGGACCCUGUGAGUCCUCUCCUCUCCUCCUCCCCCAUCCCAUCCUGUCCCGCCCCUACCCCUCCUCCCCCUCUUCCCCCCCCUCCCACGCGUCGCUGUGCCGGACGUCAUGAGCAUAGUAAUCGCGCUGGGAGUCACCACACCUGAAACGUCUUACUCAGAUAUGGCUGCUGGAUCAGACCCUGAGUCAGUUGAAGCAAGCCCUGCCGUGAAUGAAAAAAACUACAACAACCACAGCUGUGGGAGUGCACAGAGUCAUGGGUAUCGGGGUCUACCAUAUGCUAUGCAACAGUCUUCCGUUGUGUGUUGUCAGGAUCACAACUAUGGCGCGCCCCCUCCCCCCACCCCACCUGCCUCCCCGCUCUCCCAAACCAUCAUUCCCCGCAUGGAUCUCAACGGUGUGGUACGUGGCUCCCGAUAUCACGAAACUACUGAGGACAACUCGGCAGACAGCGACAGCUCCUCAGAGGAGGACGGGGCGGUGGCCAGCUGGUGUCACUGCAGCCUGACGCCGGAUGGCCUGCUCAUCAAAUGUGACAACUGCAGGGGACUCAACAGGAGGAAAGGAGCAGAAGGCCAACACAGAAAAACUGAAAAUGUCUCAGCUGGAGAGAGCAGUGCCACUGAAAGUGGUGACGAAGAGGUGUCGCCCUCCACCAUCUCUUACACUGCCACCCAGCAUACGCCCACCAGCAUCAAACUCACUGUCAACCGGGUCAAAAGGAGCAAAUCCAAAAAGAGAAAGAAGAGCACAGAGAAGGCUCGUGGAACACCGAAGGGCAAGAAAGUCAAGGCUUUCAGAGAGGGGUCUAGGAAGUCCAUGAGGAUGAAGAACUCUACAACGGAGGCCAGUGUGUUGGAUGAGAACACAGCAGAGGGAUGGGAGAGCAGGAUCCGCCAGUGGACGGACCAGUAUGAGGAGGCUCUGGUCAACCAGUACAGUGCUGAUGUCCAGACACUCCUUCAGCUUCACCGCGCUGCCAGCAACACCGUCUCAAAGACAGAGAGCGACAGUACAAAGCCUCCCACCACCACACAGAUCCAUGCCUCAGGCGAUGCCAUGGACACCAUCAACCGCACUGAGCUGGCCUGUAACAACACAGUGCUGGGCUCACAGAUGCAGCUCCAGUUGGGGCGGGUAACACGGGUGCAGAAACACAGGAAGAUCCUCCGCGCAGCCAAGAACCUGGAACCAGACACACUCAUCAUUGAAUACCGGGGAAAGGUCAUGCUCAAACAACAAUUUGAAGUCAACGGGUACUUCUUCAAAAAACCCUACCCAUUUGUGCUAUUCUACUCAACAUUUAAUGAAGUAGAGAUGUGUGUUGAUGCAAGGACCUUUGGAAAUGACGCCCGCUUCAUCAGGAGGUCCUGUACACCUAAUGCUGAGGUCCAGCAUAUGAUUGCUGAGGGGAUGAUCCAUCUGUGUAUCUACGCCGUCUGUCAAAUUGCAAAGGACGCUGAGGUCACCAUUGGGUUUGACUACGACUUCAAUAGCUGUAAUUACAAAGUGGACUGUGCCUGCCAUAAGGGCAACCAGAACUGCCCGGUGCAGAAGCACAACCUGAGUCCCAGGGAGAGCUUGCUCAGCAGCCCCUCCCUGCCACCUCCCUCCCCUCUGGUAGGGGCUGAGACCCGAAGAAGAAAAGCCCGGAGGAGAGAGCUGGAGAACUGCCUCACUGGUGACAGCAACCAGAGCCUGGACCAGCACCAGGAGGCCAAAGACCUGCAGGGGACCAGUGACGCGGAGGAGAGUCUGCUGGAUGAAUUGAAGCUGGAAGAGGGAGAGGAAGGAGAGGAGGAUGAAAAUGGGGUUGCCAUCUCCAGUAAAAGAACAUGUAACAGUCUGGAAAGGAGGCGUAAGAGAGUGGGAGGAGCGGAGGUGAAGGAGGAGGGUGGGGAAAGUGAGGACGGGGCAGGAAACCCUGCUGGGAUCACUCCCAUACCCCAGAACACAGGAGUGGGGGUCAGCACACGACGCACCACCUAUGUCAUGGAAGUACCAUCUAUUGAAGAAAAGACCUCAUUACCCAACCCGCCUGCCCCAACUGCUCCCCCUAAACCUGCACGACCUAACAAGCCUCGGCCUAAAAGUCGGAUCUCUCGCUACCGGUCAAGUUCAUCCCAGCGUGCCCGGCGACAGCGCCAGGCCCUCGCCCAACAAGCAGCCGCUGCAGCCGCAGCAGCUGCAGCGAUGGCAGCAACGCCAUCAUCAGCUGAUCAGGGUGCUUCUCUGGACGAGGAGGGAUAUCAGGGCCCAUAUGGUGCUGAACAUGGCCACGGAGAGGGCGGGCUCGCGAGUCAUCUCCUUGAUGGAGAUGGCCACAGUCUAAACUGCAUAAAUAGAGGCAACUUACGAUACCCCAAGACCAAGAAGUACCUGGUGACAGAAUGGUUGAAUGACAAGGUCCCUGGAGCAGAGAAGGUCCACCAAGAGGUGCCUGUUGAGCGCCUGCUCCGGAUAACCACUGACCCUACGGUGCUGGCCACCACCCUCAACAUGCUGCCAGGCCUUUCCCACUCAUCGCUCAUCUGCACCACACCCAGACACUACGUCCGUUUCGGCUCCCCCUUUAACCCAGAGAGACGCCGACCCCGCCCUCUCCAAAUGGACGGCACUUAUGGAUGCUACAAAAAGAGAUGGAUAAAGCAGGUGGAGGAUGAGAGCUGUUCAGCCAGUCUGGAGGAUGGCACGGAGUCCACCUCCUCCCAGCAAAGUACCAGUAGCAGAUCCACCCCCAACCCCCUGUCAAGCGAAGUCAACGCACCAUUUAAAAAGCGCCGCUCAAAGUAUAUGGCAGAGAGGAUACCAGCACCCUCGGACCACCUGCUUCGCCCGCUGUCACCCAUCACACCGCCGCUCCCAGAGGACUCCCUCCACCCUCCGCUCUACACCCCCUGUGGCUCUCUGUUGCCCAACGGCCUGGCCUACUCACCCAUGCCCUCCCUGCCUGCCAGCCGCUGCAACACACCGCUGCAGUUUGAAAACAUAUCCUCCCCUGAGGCGUCUCCUGUUCACCGGCCGGAGUCUAUCUCUCCUGAGCCAUGUCUUCAGACAGACUUUGACAUCCCUCGGCCUCAGUUCCCCGACCUAUCACUCCCCUCCAGCCUGGAGAGCCCUGUGGCUGUGAGCUCAGAUGACUUUUCCCUUCCUGGAGGCCCUUCAGAUUCCCAAGGCCCAUCAUCUAUAGGGGCCACUUCCCUGAACCAUGUUUCCUGUCCUUCAGACCUAACCUCCCAAAACAGGGAGCAGGCCUUCAGGACAGAGUUCAACCUCAUAUACACCUGCUCGCCCCUCAACGCAAACCUGGGGAACCCUGUGGCCACAGACCGCCACCUCUCCCAGUCAGAAGGAGGCUUUUCCCCAGCAGAGUCUUUCCACAGUUCCAUAAGUGGCCAGGGGCUGCUGGGAGAUGUGGGCCCCGGAUCCAUGUCACCCUAUGUCGAGCCUAAUUAUGGGGGAGGCUACCCGGACAGUGGCACACCUCCUCACACCAGCAACCCACCACAAAAGAAGAAGAGGGCCAACCAGCAUACCAUUAGUCUGCUGACAGGGAAGCCAGAUUACCAGGCUAUAGCUGUAAGAAGUGAAUACAAGCCAGUACAAAAUAUGGUGUCUUUGCUGGAGUACCGUAAGAGGAAGCAGGGCAGCGGUCGCGACUCAGAGCCAGCCGCCAGCAGCUCGUCUCUGGGCGGGACCCCCACCCGAUCUGGCUCUCAUUACAGCCAGGACUGCCAUCAGCAGAUGCAGCCCCCCGCUUCCCCACACAGCUCAUUCUCUUCCUCAGCACACACCUCCUCCAUCCCACAGACAGAGGAGGUCAGUCCUCCAGACUACCAGGGCUCGUCAGGGCUGCCCAGACACCAGGACAGCAACAAUCAGUGGAUGGUCCCCACUACUGUUGAACGUCUAAGGGAAGGUCAGGGGGUUCUGGAGCGAGUGCUAAGAAGCAUCAAGAUGGAGCGGAGUUACAAGAGGAGUGAUGGCUCCACUGAGAAGGAAUCUGAUGCAGAGCGUUAUGAGAUGCAGGCAGCAUCUCCCAUGAAGAGUCCACACAGAUACAGUCCCUCUGUGUACUCACAGCAGUCAUCAGAAAGUCACCGGCAGACCGACAGCCCGUCGUUCCUCCAGCAAACUGCCAACUCUCCAUUCCGGGGUUCCUACAGUCCCUCAUCAGGCCAGAGCUUCUUCCCACGCUUCUCCACCGCUCACCCUGGAGUGUCCCAAGACCACCCUCCAUCCUCCUACCCCAGUCGCACCCCCACCCCCACCUCAGACUCCAGGCUGCCAGCGGGCUCUCUACACCAGCAGAGUGGUAGCAGUAAUGUGGACGGAGGCCACAGCUACGGCAGCAGUCACUUAAAAGCGAGCCUUUUGAACAGCAGCGGCCCAGUGGGGAUUCCCACCCCGGACCCCAGGGCCCACGACGGGCAGACUAAGAUAGACUCGGGGGCCCACGCCUCCAGGGGGAGUCAACAGCAGGUGUCUCGCACCCUGAAGUCGGGCAGCCCGGGCCAGACGGCGCUGCAGGCCAGCUCCAGGCUGCUGUCAGCCACUGGACCCACACACUACCCACAGCGAGGGACGAGCCUCAGUCAGUUCCAGCACUCCCCCCUUCAGGGACCCGGAGUAAGGACACAGUCGGGAAGCUUUUAGGACCUUGUUCAAGUGUGUUUUGUGUGAGUGUGAGUGUGUGCGUGUGCGCAUGGGUGUGUAUGAAGCUGCGUAACUCCUCAACCUCUAAAGCUGCGGUGAAAUGGGGCUCAGGGAGUUUGGGGAGGGGAAAUGUACAGACCUAAGAGGAGCAAGGACUUCUUUACGGAUUUCUCCUUUUCUUAUUUUCUGUCUUUUUCUUUCUUUAUUUUCAGAAAAAAACAGAUUACCACAUUCUGCACAAAGCUAAUCACUGACUUUGGACAUCAUUACGGAAUCAGUGGGAAAAGUGAUUUGGAUGACACAUUCUGAAAAAAAAAGAAAUCACAUGUAACUUGAAAUUGUCCCCAGUGUUUCCUCAUGUGCCGGACUGUGCAAACAGGCUCUAUAAUGUUGGAAAGUGAAAACCUCCACACAAAUGUCUGUACAAAGUUAUAAAAAGCCGUACCUGUUGCCAUGGUACCCAGGGUUGAUAAAUGCUCAGAUACAUAUGUAACUGAAAGCAAGAGUUGUUUUAUUUUAUUGAUUUGUUUUUUUUUUGUCAACGUUACCUUUUUGAUUUGGCGAGUGGCCGAGUCUGUGCUGCAGUAAAGAAGUCUUUGAUUUGGAAAGGGCAAUGAUGCAAGCAGAGAGGACAUGUUAAUCAUCCGUUCUAAAGAUGCAUUAGAGAGGCGGGGAGGAGGCUACUCCCUGGAUAGGAUCAUUCCAUAUGAUUGUGUUCUCUCACUAAACAUGAAAAAGCCCUUUUCUCUCGAGGUUAUUCGUUGGUUCCAAUGUUUUGUUUUGGUUCUCAUCUGUUCUCUCAUCCCCACUGGACUGUUUUGAGUUCACAUGAGGACUACUUUGCUCGCUGUAGACCUCUUACAUUGUACUUGAGACAUACCGGUCUUAUGAUUCAUGGUGCUGCAUUCUUGUUUUUUCCAAUAAAUUUUAAAUCCAGUUAUGUUCCCCACAUAUGGCUGCAUUCUUCAUCUUGUCAUUAUAUCAGUUAAAAUCAGUUAUAUUUUUCUCCAAAUUCCUAUUAAUCAUAUAUAAUAGUGAUGAAGAAACACAAUAGAAUAAUCCAACUUUAUUUCUAAAAUAAAAUGUUGGGUUUUUAUCCUGCAAAAUUUCGUUAAAUAUAUAUGUGUAUGUUUUUCUGACCAAUCCUUGCAUUCCGUGGGACACUAAGGAAAACCGGUGAAGGGAUCUCUGAGGGAGUGUUUGGAUUGUUUAUAAAACUUAGGUAAAAAAGCUGCUAUGUUCUCCUGUGAGAGCUGCUUCCCUUUCCACAGAAUGCUGUAUUUUUAUUUUUCCCUUUUAAUUCUGCUCCUCACAAACUGACUUGUAAGAAAGAGGCGGUUCUCCUGACCGCCGCAGUGGGACCUCAAACCGACGUUAAGCCGACACCUGGGCGGUAGCAGGAGUCCUCUUCCCUCUGACGCUUUUAUUUUGGACUGGGUGUUGAAAACUGGCACAUAAGUGUGGAAGACUUCAAGGGCCAAGGGCCGGUCAUGAGUCUGGACCCCACCCACCACUACACCCACAGUGCAACACACAGAAGAGUACUCGUGUUUCAUGAAUGUUUGACAGAUUGAAAAAAUAAAGUUGUGACCCAAAAUUAACCAGCACCUUAAAAUGAAAGAAAUUAAGCCUAAAAUACACAAUAGGACAAUAUGUAUGACCAUGUGUACUUGUAUAGAAAGAAAUGUGAUAUAGACUUGUAUGGAGAAAAUAUAGUACACUGAAUUUAUCGCAUGAUAUUUGUUUUUAGGGUCAGAGUGACCAACUCUGUCAGAUGGUUGGAAGCUAAUUAUUGAAUCUGUUCCAAAACCCAGACUCUGCAUCCUCUUUCUGUUUUGUAAAGAUCAUUCUGUUGGUUUUGUUUUAUUUUUACACAGAUCAUAGUAGUAACUAUUUCAAUUGUUCCCCUCCAAAGGAUUAAGAAGCAAGAGAUGUAAUGCAUUUUGAUAAUAAAAUAAUCAUGAUGGUAAUGUAUUUUGAAAAACUACCAUUGUGAUGUGUCAUUU